CGCGCGCAUCCGUGCGCCGCCCGAGGCUGGCCUGAGGAGUCGGCGGCCAUUUUGUUCUUCUCGUGGUUCCAGUGGCGAGAGGAGGAGGAAGCCGGGAGCGGGGCGGCUGGGGGGGGGACCCGCCGCGGCUGCUGCUGCCACCGCCGCCGCCACCACCGCUCGUGGGGCUCGUGGCGUGAAGAAGGAGGACGAGUGAGACCCGGGCGCGAGCCGGCGGCGGCGCCGCUGCGGGAGGGUCGGCGGCGGGACGGCGAUGGCGGAUAUCGAUAAACUCAACAUCGACAGUAUCAUCCAACGGCUGCUGGAAGUGAGAGGGUCCAAGCCAGGCAAGAAUGUCCAGCUCCAGGAGAAUGAAAUCCGGGGACUGUGCUUGAAGUCUCGGGAGAUCUUCCUCAGUCAGCCUAUCCUUUUAGAACUUGAAGCACCACUCAAGAUAUGUGGUGACAUCCACGGGCAGUACUAUGAUUUGCUCCGUCUGUUUGAAUACGGUGGCUUUCCUCCAGAAAGCAACUAUUUGUUUCUCGGGGACUAUGUGGACAGGGGCAAACAGUCACUAGAGACGAUCUGCCUCUUGCUGGCCUACAAAAUCAAGUAUCCGGAGAACUUUUUUCUUCUUAGAGGGAACCAUGAGUGUGCCAGCAUCAAUAGAAUCUACGGAUUUUAUGAUGAGUGUAAGAGAAGAUACAACAUUAAGCUGUGGAAAACGUUCACAGACUGUUUUAACUGCUUACCGAUAGCAGCCAUCGUGGACGAGAAGAUAUUCUGCUGUCAUGGAGGUUUAUCACCAGAUCUUCAAUCUAUGGAGCAGAUUCGGCGAAUUAUGAGACCAACUGAUGUACCAGAUCAAGGUCUUCUUUGUGAUCUUUUGUGGUCUGACCCCGAUAAAGAUGUCUUAGGCUGGGGUGAAAAUGACAGAGGAGUGUCCUUCACAUUUGGUGCAGAAGUGGUUGCAAAAUUUCUCCAUAAGCAUGAUUUGGAUCUUAUAUGUAGAGCCCAUCAGGUGGUUGAAGAUGGAUAUGAGUUUUUUGCAAAGAGGCAGUUAGUCACUCUGUUUUCUGCACCCAACUACUGUGGCGAGUUUGACAAUGCGGGCGCCAUGAUGAGUGUGGAUGAGACCCUCAUGUGCUCCUUCCAGAUUUUAAAGCCUGCAGAGAAAAAGAAGCCCAAUGCCACGAGACCUGUCACACCGCCACGGGGUAUGAUCACAAAGCAAGCAAAGAAAUAGAUGUCACUUGACACUGCCUAGUGGGACUUGUAACAUAGCGUACAUAACCUUCCUUUUUAAACUGUGAUGUGUGCUGGUCAGCUUGCCCAGGUAGACCUGUCGGGCCCUCCCUUCUCCAUUUUGAUUAUUGCUGGCACUUGCUGGUUAUAGCAGCAAGUGAAGCAUUUCAUUCUCAAGAAAGCGGUUUGUUUUGUUUGUUUUUAACCUCUGUUCCCUUUGUGGACAGCUCUGAUGAUGGUGUUAAGCUGUACACCUUGGCAGUUUAUCCUGUCCGAGGGGAAAGUGUACAAUUGAUCUUUUUUUUUAAAUUUAGUAUGAAUCAUGAAUAAUGUAAAUGCUUGUUUUCUUUAGGAUAUAAAGAGAGCCCUAGGGUGCGUGAGUCUGUACAUGUAAUUGUCAUAAAUGCAUUCUGUUGAUACAAACCACUGUGAACAGUUUUUCCAAGUUUGUUUGACAGGGACUGCUUUCCCUCACUGUCUCAUCCUGUACAAACUAGUGUCUGCAGCUGUGGCAGCAGGAGCAACCUGCCACCCUGCCACCCACACUGCCCAGGCUGUCUGAAGCACACUCCCUCCCACUGCACACUUAACUGACGAUUAAAGCCAUUCUUUUCAAUGUCUGUGAUUCCUUCCUAAAGCCAAAGUUUCUGUUGGACUGUAUUGGCACACCCUGGACAUGAGGUGGCCAGGGCACCAAGGCUGCGUGCACAGGCCGCCUCCGUGGGGACUCAGAAAGAAGCAGGUUAUUUUAACUAGCAAUAGUGAUGUAGUGCUGGGUAAGCUAUUAAUGGUGGAAGUUAAUGAGACAUUGUACAGUGCCCAUAUAGUCUAUUCACUGAGUAAUCUUUUUACAGUUGGAUCAGGCCUGAACCCGUCCAUUCAGAAAGCUUCAAAUUAUAGAAACAACACUGUCCUAUACGAGUGAUCGAUAAUGCUUUCUUUGGCUACAUUCUUUAUUCUGCGGUGACAUUGAGGCUUAUAAAUCAAAAGGAACUAACUUGCCGUCCACCGGUUUAUACAGAACUCACAGUAUCUAUGACUUUUUUAAACUACGACCUGUUAAAAUGAAUCUGUUUCCACAGAUGCCCGUGUACAAUGCCAUGUGCUAAGAAUGAUUUCAGACUUAUUAAAUGCGAGCUUGUUAACCUGUC